AGGAAGAAGACAAGACAGUAUUAGUUGUGGCUACAAUAGCAUGGGGACUACGCAAGUGCUCACAUGUUAUAAUUUUAACAUUGAUAUUUCUUAUUGCAAUAAGACCCGGUCUUUUUCAUGCUGUUUAUAUGAUUUUCUUUUUAGUUUAUCUUUUAAGCAAUGCAAUCAACAACAAAUUACGUCGAGCUGUUAUCCUUUUAUGUGAGGCGCAAUUUGCACUUCAGUUCAUUCUUCGGCUUGAUUUGAUCUCCAAAAAUUUAGACCAGAAGGGUUCGUAUGCUUUUCAAAUUCUCUCACAAUUAGGCAUGCUUAAUCAUAUUCAUUUAGUGGAUUUCUUCAAAAUAUCAAUUCUUGCCUGCUUCUGUGCAAUUCAUAAUCACGGGCUUCAAACACUUCUUAUAUUUUCAGCUAUUGUGCGACACACAUCUUGCCCGCCAGUUGGGUUUAACAUUUUGAGAGCUGGCUUGAUCAAACCUGUCUGUUUAUCGGGUUAUAGCCCAAGAUCUAGUGAAAGCCAGGGAACUCAUGAGAGGAAGACCAUAUCAUAUUUGAAGGUUAUAAGACAGAAGUUCCUUUCUGCUUAUCGGUCAUGUGGUAAAUACAUUGCCUUCCUGACAAUUCUCCUCAGUGUAUACCUAUGCACACCGAACUAUGCUUCAUUUGGUUACUUAUUCUUUCUUCUACUGUGGAUAAGUGGAAGGCAACUUGCAGGGAAAACAAGAAAGCAUCUCUGGUUUCCUAUGAAAUUGUAUGCUAUAUUUGUGUUUUUCUCAAUUUACAGCGUUGGUGUCUUUUCCAGCUCAAAGAUGUGGUUUCCUGGGAUAAUUGGUUUUCAAACUGCAUUUGGCUAUAACCCAGAAGCUUCAAUGUUACAAAACAUUUGGGAACCCUUGGCUGUUUUGGUAGUGAUGCAGCUGUAUAGCUAUGAAAGGAUGCAGAGCAAAAGUUCUGGGGCUAGUAACUAUGAUGCACCUGAAAUAAGACCUUUUCCUUUUACCAGACGUUUGUUGGUCCGGCAUACUGAUAAGAUACUAUAUGUCGCCCUGUUUUAUGCAUCUAUAUCACCUAUAAGUGCAUUUGGUUUCCUGUAUCUUGUUGGUUUACUUAACUUCUCAAGAUUACCAAAGUCUUCUCAGAUCACUGCAAAAGUAUUUCUAGUUUAUUCAGGACUUCUUAUAAUGGUGGAAUAUCUUUUCCAGAUGUGGGGAGAUCAAGCUGAGAUGUUUCCUGGUCAAGAUCACUCUCAGUUAUCCUUACUUAUGGGUUUACAGCUGUAUAAGCCUGGUUUUAAAGGUUUAGAGUCAGGAUUGAGGGGAAAGGUUGUGGUUAUUGUAGCAUGUAUACUUCAAUACAAUGUUUUUCGUUGGUUGGAAAAGAUGCAAUUUGUUAACGGAAAUGGAGGUAGAUGGGAUGAGCCUUGUUCUCUAUUUAGUCCAGUUGAAGAUCCUAAUGAAACUCCUAGUUCACCAACAAUUAAAAGAGGUACAAGAAGUCGUUCAUGGCCAACAAUUAAUUCUGUAUUAUCCCUAGGGCCAGAUUCAGCGAAAAGAGACGGUGUAAAAAAAGAUCAACUUUUGCAUUUCUGGGGGAAUUCAAAGGAUAGCUUGAAGUGGAACAGAAAGCGGCUUCUUUUCUUGAGAAAAGAAAGGCUGGAAAUGCAGAAGACUGUUUUAAAAGUAUCUUUGACGUUCUGGAUAGAGAACAUGUUCAAUUUAUUUGGUCUUGAAAUCAAUAUGAUUAUUUUGCUUCUUGCUAGCUUUGCUGUGUUGAACGCCUUCUCCUUGCUCUAUAUAGCAUCACUUGCUGCUUGUGUUCUUCUACAUCGGCUACUUAUUAAAAAGUUAUGGCCUGUUUUUGUUUUUUUAUUUGCUUCUAUCAUCACUAUUGAGUACUUGGCUAUCUGGAUGCAUCUUGCUUUUGUGCACCAACAAAUUGGCGAACAAGUACCAUGCUGUGACUGUUGGAGAGUAUCAGAUAUAUAUUUCAGUUAUUGCAAAAGGUGUUGGCUAGGAAUUAUUGUUGAUGAUCCUCGUAUGCUUAUUAGCUAUUAUGGGGUUUUCAUGUUUUCAUGUUUCAAAUUCCGGGCUGAUCAGGCAUCUACUCUCACUGGAUUAGAGAUGUAUCAGAAAAUACUGUCGCUAUGGAAGUCUGCGUCUGUACUGAGUGAUCUUUCAUUUGAAACAAAAGGAUAUUGGACAAUUCUUGACCACUUGAGGCUUUAUGGUUAUUGUCACUUGUUAGAUUUCGUUCUUUCAUUAAUUUUGAUUACAGGAACUCUUGAAUAUGACAUGCUUCAUUUUGGCUAUCUUGGUUUUGCUCUAGUUUUCUUCCGAAUGAGGCUAAAAAUACUAAAGAAAGGAAAUCAAAUCUUUCGGUACUUAAGGAUGUACAACUUUGUUGUUAUCGUCCUGUCUCUUGCAUAUCAAUCUCCUUUUGUUGGUGACUUUAGUGAGAUCAAAAGUGGUUCUGUAGAACGGAUAAAUGAAUUGGUUGGAUUUCACAAAUAUGAUUAUGGUUUUCGAAUUACAUCAAGAUCAUCAUUUGUGGAAAUCAUCAUAUUCAUGUUAGUAUCACUACAGUCAUACAUGUUCUCAUUUCCAGAAUUUGUUUAUGUAUCAAAAUACCUUGAGAAAGAACAGAUCGGAGCUAUACUGCGGCAACAAGAGAAGAAAGCUGCUUGGAAGACUGCUCAGUUACAGCACACACGUAAAACUGCAGAGCUGAAGCAUGCCCGAAGCUUGCAGGUUGAAAAGAUGAAAUCAGAGAUGCUAAACCUUCAAGAUCAGCUCCAUAAUAUGAGCACUGAUGCAAACUGUAGUAAUGCUUCUCUCGAAAUAGAUGGCCUACGAGAAAGAGGAAAUUCUUCCCUAGAUUUUCACAGGGAAAACAAGUCCUGGAAGAUAGAUCGUGAUAUAUAUACCGAGUCAACAGGCCCAAAUAAUGUGAAUCAAUCUCUAUUGAGUGAAAAAUCUCCAAGGUCACUGGCACCAGAAUAUUGGAGGCACCCAAUGGAUUCACCUCAUGGAAUUGUUGAUGUAAAGGAUAGAACUGAACGCAAUGGUGAUUUGGAUUUACAAAUAAGGAAUCGUUAUAAACUUCGAGUUAGGAAAAAUGCUUUAGUUUCAGCUGUACACUUCAUAGGAAAAGGAGUAUCUCAGGUGCAGUCACUUGGAAAUAUGGCAGUUAGCAAUCUAAUGAACUAUCUGAAGAUAGAACGUGAAGAACUAGAGUCAACCCAGGAUUCAUCUGAUGAUGAGGAGUACUAUGAGAUUGAGAAUCAGAAUGCUGGUGCAGAACCUCUGGAGUCUACAUUUUCCAUACACUCUCUUAAUGACCAUACCGUGCCUGAUACUGCUUGCCUUCAAAUUGGCAUUAUUUUCCGUUACAUGUGGUCCCGAAUGAGGUCGAAUAAUGAUGUUGUUUGCUAUUGCUGCUUUAUUCUAAUAUAUCUAUGGUCCUUCAGUAUACUUUCUGUGGUCUACCUAGCAGCUCUCUUUUUAUAUGCUCUCUGUCAAAAUACUGGUCCUGGUUACAUAUUUUGGGUUACUAUGCUGAUUUACACUGAGAUGUGCAUUUUGCUUCAAUAUUUGUAUCAAAUCAUUAUUCAACACACUGAGUUUGAAUUUCACGUGAGCUUACUUCAAGAAUUGGGAUUCCCUGCGAAAAAAAUAACAUCAUCUUUUGUUACAAACAACUUACCAUAUUUUCUAGUAUAUAUAUUCACUCUCUUGCAAACCUCCAUAACUGUGAAAGAUGGUGGUUGGACAAUCGCUGCAGAUUCCAGCUUUUGUAAGAGAAGAAAUCAAAGCUUCAAAGAGGAUGUAAAGUGCUCCACCUUCGAAGAUAGAUUACAGAGAUUAUUCUUACCACUGAAAAAUGUACUGAAAUGGUUGGUCAAAAGCCUCUGUAGGUACUGGAGAUCAUUAACUUGGGGUGCAGAAACACCCCCGUACUUUGUGCAGCUGUCUAUGGAAGUUAAUUUGUGGCCUGAAGAGGGAAUUCAGCCAAAUAAAAUCGAAUCAAGAAUAAAUAAGUCACUGAAGAUAUUGCACAAUAGAAGAUGCCGAGAGGAUAAACUUUUCAAGUUGCAUUCAGCAAGUAGGGUUCGUGUGCAGAGCAUCGAAAAAAGUGAAGAGAAUGAAAACUUGUGUCUUAUUGUUUUUGAGGUGUUAUAUGCCUCCCCUUCAAUUGAGUUUACUGCCGAAGAAUGGUACAGCUCAUUAUCUCCAGCAGAGGAUGUAUCCAACGAGAUUCGUAAAGCUCAACACAUUGGUAUUUUCAAAGAAAUUGGGUUUCCAUAUCGAAUAAUUUCCAUCAUUGGUGGUGGGAAAAGGGAAAUUGAUCUGUACGCCUACAUCUUUGGAGCUGAUUUGGCUGUUUUCUUCUUAGUAGCUAUAUUUUAUGAAUCAGUUAUGAAAGCUAACAGUGAUUUUCUUGAAGUCUACCAGCUUGAAGAUCAGUUCCCAGAAGAUUUUGUAACGGUUCUCAUGGUUGUCUUUUUCUUGAUCGUGCUGGAUCGAGUUAUAUACCUCUGUUCAUUUGCAACAGGAAAAGUUAUUUUCUAUUUAUUCAACCUUGUUCUCUUCACAUGUUCAAUCACAAAAUAUGCUUGGGACAUGGAUCCAUUGCACAGAUACUCUGGAAGAUUAGCAAUUCGUUCCAUUUAUUUUACAAAAGCAAUUUCACUGGUUUUGCAAGCAAUGCAAAUUCAUUUUGGAAUUCCACAUAAAAGCACUUUGUACAGGCAGUUUUUGACAAGUAGUGUUUCACGAGUUUAUGUUUUGGGGUUUCGACUUUAUCGAGCAAUACCUUUCCUCUACGAAUUGAGAUGUGUGCUAGAUUGGUCUUGCACGACAACAUCUUUGACUAUGUAUGACUGGCUAAAGUUUGUGUUGCCAGUACUGUUAACCACACUGUUCAUCGCGCACUGUUCACCGUGGUACUGUGCAUCGAGGUACUGUUCACUCUGGGACUGUUACUAUUCAUCACGCACUGUUCACUAUGCUUCUGUUCAAAUAGCUGCGCGUAUCUCCAUCGACUUCUCAACCUAG